CAGGACAACAUCCCGGGACCGGGCGAGGAAGAAGAGGAGAUAGGACCAUGUGCCCUGAGCAAUGAGGGAUUGUGCACUGUCAUGACCAUAACCGCUGCUACAAUCUCCCCAACUACGAGUGCUUCAGCUUCCCAUCCAGAUUUAGUCGUCUCCACUGCCCCGCUACUAGCUUCUGGAGCAGGAGAUCGCGGCUUCAGUGGGAAAACCUCCAUGUCCUCGAAUAAUAAGCCACCCCUCAAAUCCUUACACACCACUAACAACGUCGGUAAUAAUACCAACCCCUCCGCACCGACCCCGCGUCUUGCCGCUUCCCAACGUCCUGCUUCGAACUCGUUGCACCCGAACCCCACCACCCGCUCUCCUCCAUCUGGCGCGAGGAAGGGGAGAGCGGAGACAAUAUGCUCGCCUGAUUCGGAAUGGCAUGCUCCAGCUGCCCGUCCUUCCUCAAGCUUGGAGCAGCGGCCAUCGAGUUACCGUCAUCAAAUUACAACACGCCCGACUCCUUCGAAACAGAGCUUGUCUACUGCUGGCAGCAAUGGAGCUACCGCCAAAUUCUUUCACGCAAACCAAGUGAGACCAACGAGACCUUCGCUAUCAGCAAAAGUGUCCUCAACACCCCCCCCUCUGCCUUCACCAAGAACGCCCCUGGGGCAGCCUGCCAAAUUCUUUCACGCCGACAGCAUUCCUACAUCUGCUCCUCGGUCGCACUCUCCUACGCCUCCCGUCCUCUCGCCUCGAUUUCCAGGGCAGGCAGGCUCUGUGAAUGAUUUCAUUCAGAAUCCUCAUGAAUAUAUCAGUGAAUUUACUUAUUCAGGACCGUCAUCUAUGGUGGGUGGCUCUCGGCCAGCCUCUGUUCUCUCCGUGACCCCUUCGACACUUCCGGAACCUCGUAGCCAUGUCAAGUUUGUGUAUGCGAAUGGGACGGAAGAGAUUUUGCCUCCCAGAAGGUUGGGAUCGGAGGUUGGUUCAGCAGUACCAUCACCCCAGCUAGCUCAGGCUCCAUUUUCGGGUUCCCCAACGGGCGCGCUGUCGCCUAUCGGCUCCCCGAAUCCUGUCGCGAACCCGCAGACGCAGUUCUUCAAGAGUCCACACUCUUCGCCUAGGUCUAGUGUAGAUGCUAGCACGAGGCAUGGCAGGGCUCUCUCUAUCAGCUCAACAAUUGAUAUGGUGGGCUUGUUGAAGGGUGAACCCGCGGGGGAGGACAGAGACAGCAGUAGGGCUUCUGAUGACGAUGCUUUGUCUGCCAAGGUUGCUGCAAAGGCCAAGAUGAGAGCAAUGGAAGAGGCUGCUGCAAAUGCCCGAAGAGAGAGAAAGGUAGAUAUGAUGUGGGCCAACAGAGGAGAUAUUACUGAUACUUGAGCUUAGGUUUUAGACUUGGAAAUAUCUAAUACUUCCUUAAUGGCCAUUAACAAGACGCUAGAACGCCAGAUGAGAAAGCAGACAGCUGAGCUAAGACGCUAUCGCCGACUUUCGCGCACCGGCCAACUUGCCUCACUUUCUAGUGGGGGGAGGGGGAAGAGGAGGAAGGGAAAGAGUUCUUCAGAUCACCUCUCUGGCGGUGAUGACGAAGUGGUGUCUAAUUCUCGGACUGCAUCUGAUGGGGGAGCUAGCGAUGCAGAUGAGGAGGAAGACGGGGAUUCAUCUGAUGAGGGCGGAGAUGACGAGGGGGGGGAUGAUGAAGGGAGAGAUGGCGACCUGACAGCCGCUAAACUUGAGGUGGGGAAAGACAGGGCACCGGACGGCGGCCGACUAGAUCUCGACUUGUCAAAGCACCGAGCCCUCCUCGAGGCCUCUACAAAAAUGAAUGUCUCUCUGAAGCGCUGUCAAUAUAUCGCUGAGCAGCUCAUAAAGGAAGGGGAAAAAGCCCUAGAAUACAGAGUCCAGCCGUCAGACGUCCACCUCGGUGGCAGAGUGUUGACAGGCGACAACGACGAAGAAUUCGAAGGCGAAACCGGGGACAAUGAGGAUUCGAGGAUGGAGAACACGACACCUGAGGGCGGGACUGGCGAUGGGGAAAGUGAGGGCGAUGAGGAAGGGGAGUACUCUAGCCGAGACCAGGACAGCCAGGCCGAGGGCGAUGUGGAUGAUGAAGAGGACGAAGGUGAAUCUAGCGGGGUGUACGGUGAGGACGGGGAGACGUCUGGCGGUGAAGAUAUUUAUCCAUUCAAGGAUGCUGAUCGAGUGAUGCUUCCGAGGUUAGCGGGGUAUGUUGAGCCUAUGGCAUGAGCUCCUUUGCUGGGGAGUGAUGUCAGGUCGAACGGGAAAGUGUCAAACCUUGCAUGGCGGGUCCUUUUGUUUUCUUUUUGUGCGUGUUUGUGUCUGUGUGUUGCAUGGAUAUUGAAUUGGGAGAAGGCGUUAUAUGGACAAUUUGACUCGCACCGUAGCCUACUGUAUUGUUUUGCGUCCCCUCCCCCCUCCUUUAUUCACGAGAGUUUUCUUUUUUCUUUUCUUUUUCUUCUCGGGAAUAGCUUGAGCUAUGUUAGUGACACCGCGUCUGCUGUGAGAGAUCCGUGACAUGAGUGGGUAGACGAGUGGGCACCGGCUGGUAUGUCACCACUGUGACUUGUCUUGGGCAUGGAGAGAUUCUGUGGUAAAUGUUUGGUUCUUUUCUUUGAGUGAGCGAGUGAGUGUGUUUUGCAUCCGAAUGCCUUGUUCAUCUCCACUAUGAAGCCGUUUUUUCUUUUUCUUUCUUUCUUUCUAUACGUGGGGAAGGUAGUGUGUUAAUAGGUUGAUUGGUUGGGUUACUCGAGAGAGAAAGAGAGGAUCCGUAUAGACUAUACACUGCUGUGGGGUCAUGAGGGUUGAGGAUUGAAUAUAUGGAUUGUUUGAU